CUCGUCAGCUCAUCACCCCUCCUUUUUUUUCUACACCGCAGUCCGUCUUUCGUCGACGACCAAAAUCGCAAACAUGUCUCAAUCAGGAGCGAAAGUUUCCGCCCAGGUCUCCGAGGAGUUCCAGAAGCUCAAGCGAAGCAACGACAAGAACCGACUCCUGAGAUACAUUGUCUUCAAGCUGUCCGACGACUACUCCGAGAUCCAGGUCGAGCACGCUGAGGCCGACGACGACUGGGACAGCUUCCGCGAGAGGCUUCUCUCCGCCACCUCCAAGAGCAAGACUGGUGCUGUUGGCAAGGGUCCCCGCUACGCUGUCUACGACUUUGGCUUCAAGUUUGACGGCCGAGAGAUCAACAAGAUCAUUCUCAUCGCCUGGUCUCCCGAUGAUGCCGGUGUCCACCCCAAGAUGAUCUACGCCGCCUCCAAGGAGGCUCUCAAGCGAUCCCUGGAAGGCUACGCUUAUGAGAUCCAGGCCAACGACUCUGACGACCUCGAGUACGCUUCUGUCCUCAACGCCGUCCUGGCCAAGGUGAACGCAUAAGCGAACCCUCACCAAACAAUAAUGUGAUGCAUGGGGGAAGGGGCAGCUACCAGGGAGAAGCAAAAGAAGGGAGGCACUGCCGUGUCCUCGUUUAGAUUGGGCGUGCUGGAGGGCUGUGUUUAUUCGAUGGAUAGGCAUAGGUAAUUUUUCAGAUGUGCUAGCGCUACAGAUGACGAUGUACACCGUACCAAGGGAAAAUCAGACUCGUUUCUUGUACUGC